AAUUACUUUUUCCCGUAAACAUACCCUGUGGUAUAACUUACGCGAGUCGAUAAGACGCAACAUGUAUCUUUACGAAACUUCCGGCCGAUCGGUGUACUCAUGGAGAUCAGUGGAUGCAGAAAUAGACGGACAACUGCAGCACGGCUACGUCGUUGGCGCGGCCGUCGGCGAUGACGGAUCGCGGUGCCUGAUUUUGGAUUUUGGAUGCCCGACACAGCGGUCGGUCAUGGUGGAGCACUGUAAGGUCUUCGAGUGCUCUCAAGACCAACAACCGCGAUUAUCCUGGUCGAGCCGAUUAAAGGCGCGCCAGUGCCGUAGCGAUGCAUGGCUGUGGAGUUCCCUUGCGGAAGCAGAAAAGACAGACGUCCAGGUCCUGCUGCGCGCCGGUCACCAUCACCCAUGGACGUGGUACCCCGGAAAAAUCCUCCUGUUCUGCUGUCAGGAACAGGUUGACAACGUGCUGGUAGAAGUGAUGUGGGGAGAAGAGCGGCGUACGCGCGAACUCCUCCCGGUGUCACAGAUCCGUCUACCGCCUUCGGACGAAGAGCUCCGGCAGCGAACCCGGGGACUCCGCGAUUAUUUCGUGAUGCACAAAGCGUUGUCCGACGGUAACGUUAGAACGCAUGUGCACAGACGCAGGAUGGUCAAUGGGCACCGACAAUUUUGGACUUUUCACAUCGAUUAAAGGAAGACCUUAGUACAAGUGCCAACUUCCAUGCCGGCGUUGGAAGAGGACGAAAUACGCUUUGCUCUACCAGAGCUCCUUGUGCAAGUGUUCCGCUCACUGGACACGACCGAGCGACAGCGCUGCCGACGCACUUGUCACUUGUGGGACGCAAUUCUGUGCACGUUGCAGUUGUGCCAAGAAGCUCGCGUAUCGUUGGAAGAUAAAGCCGGUUUGAUGCGGUGCAACUACGCGGCAUACUGUUGCCUCUUCAAACACAUUACGCGCGCUACUCGGACCAUUUGCAUUUAUGACAGGUACGCGGACGGCGACCAAAAGUCCUUACAGUACGAAGACGUGGCGAACGCCGGUCAGAUGGUGGGUCAUAUUAAGAAGAUCCUGGAUGAUAACGGUGGCCGCAUUGAGCAGUUAAUUCUAUACCGGCGCGCGACAGCUAUCACAGCGAAGUCAGUGUAUUUCUGGCAGUAUCUGAACGAUAUUAGCGCUUUGUAUGCCGGUCUUGCGACUUGCUGUGAGCGGGUGGUUUGGAAGGGUUAUGCACUGAAUUUCGGCGCCAUAGAAGGCCGCAAUCCCGUGCUGGAAUUCCGUAUUCCGUACGCUGAUUUCCGUCUGAAUGCCAUCGUUGAAGCGGAUUUCUGGGUGGUUUUUGAAAAGCAUCUUUGCUCCAGAAAACCGUUAAAUGUGGACCAAAUAUCGCAGUGGACGAUGGAUUUGAUCGCGAGGAAGUCGAAAAGUGCUUGUAACCAACUAAUACGGAUUCUUUGUGAGUACCAGAUAAAGGAUCCGCGUGUUUCUAACCGCGGCUGGAUUCCGGCGUGGACGUCACCGGAGGUGAAGACUCUUACAGUGGCUCAUCUGGGGAGUUUGGACGUAAGGAAAUUGAACAACAUUUGUCUGUCUGUGUUGGAAGACUACAUGGAAAAAGGGUCGGAUUGAGCCGAACCGUGCUUGACAUCUUUGCUUCCGCCGGAAGCAGUUAACAAUUUACUCGUAUAUAUAAAGUACUGGAACCUGAGUAGGCGAUAGCUUUACUCUAGUGAGUCCAGGGUGCCGAAUAUUACCGUGAUCUUCACGUUUACUUUGGGAUUAAUUGGCUUUAGUCGGCAGUUCUUUUACCAGUGCCACUUUGUUAUUGAUGUUCUUAAACGUACAUUUCUUACACAGCCUUCGAAAAACUGAACUUAUCACUCACCAUCAACUGACCCAUGCGGUCUCAUCACAGAAAGCCUUUGAUCCAAAUUUGCCCUUAUCGCGGUAAAAAAAGUACAUUGCGGUAUCUGGUCGCAGUUACACUUUCUGGCUAAGAAAUAAAGAAAUAGUAAUACUUAAUAUUGAAAAUCGGUUUCUGCAGAGAAUUGAAUUUUUCGUAAAUGACCUUUGCCUCUCAUAAAUCAGGGCUUAAUGUCUGAGCAUUGAUUUCAAGCGAAAGCCUUCGAAAUUAGUCCCAGUUCACAAUCCACACAAGAUAUUUUACGCUCGCUUGAUACAUUGUCCACCCAAGCGCCAAGCUGUGCGGCUGUCACGUUGCAUCAGCUAAUCCCUUCUGAAAGGAAUCUGUUUUUGCUAUGCAUGCACGUUAGCGUCUCCCAGAACAAUUAAAUUACAGUACCGUACUUCAAGUUCCGCUUUACCGCAUGAUUUAAUGUUAGCACUCUUACCUCCUUUAAAAGUGUUUGUUGUCACUGUCACGGAUACGCAGUUUUCAUAGCAGUAGCAGCAGCAGAAGUCGGAACCCCAUUCCUUUACAUGCACCAUGAGUCCAUGACAUAACUUUCGCCGCGGGCGACUUUUGGGUUAAAUAUAAUAAAAAUUUACAAUUAUUCGGAACAUAACUACGCGGAUUAUCGUUUGCCACAAGGAAACGAAAUUACUCCAACACAUACAUAGCUACGACACAAAUUAAAUCGGUUUACUGUCGUCUGCCAGUGUGACUGCUGGUAGUGGUGACCUAUCGACCCAUUUCGGGAUGUGGUCAUUCCACGCGAAUAGGCAAAGUUUGUUCAGUUUUCUGACGUCCAAAAUGUCCAGAUCGUCCAUUUUCCACUUGCGGCCAAAAUAAUGCGCAGUUAGACGGCGAUCGCUGCUCUGCUUUUGCAUGCCUCCUCGCAUUUCUCUGCGAUCAGCUUCGCUGUCCGGUGCGAUAUGCGGCCGGCUGAUCCCAGCACAAAUGCCGUUCAAAGGUGUCCCAUAGUAUCUGUGCAUCGAGACGAUUCAAACGGAAAGCAGCAUAGGGAAUGUUAAACUCCAUCCAGACGAUUAUCGAAU